AUGGGAGCUGUUGUUCCGUUUGAGGGGUACUAUCCCGCCUGCCAGGCCCUGGCGCCCUCGGGGCUCCUUGUGACCGGCGCCUCCUUCGCCGCCUUGCGGGGGCGGCACUGGGGACUGCAGCUGCUGCCCACGCCGAGAUCUGCUGCUCAGGACUGUUGGAAGUGGCGGAACCUCUGUGUCUCCCUGGUGCACAGCCUGCUCACUGGGGCCAGGGAGCUGCUCGGGCUGUUGCUGUACCCUCAGAUGGCCACCGACCGGAUUCGCCACCCACCCCCGGCCCGGGUGGUGAUAUCUGUGGGUUAUUUCCUGGCCUAUGGAGCUGACAUGCUGUGGAACCAGACCUUGGGCCAGGCCUGGUACCUUCUCUGUCACCAUUUGGUCGUGAGCUGCCUCAGCACCACCAGUCUCUCUGGCCACUACGUAGGCUUCUCCGUGAUGUCUCUGCUUCUAGAGCUGAACUCUGCCUGCCAGCACCUAUGGAAGUUGCUGCUGCUUUCUCACCAGGCCCCAUCCCUGGCCUUUAGCAUGGCCAACUGUGCCACCCAUACCCUCUUCUGCCUGGUGCCGUUGGGGUGGAUGAGUCUGUGGCUGAAGCAGAUACCAACUGCUCUGGUCUUCUUUGGUGGAACUGGGCUGGUCACUUUGGGUGCCAUGAUCAUCACAGUGGGUAUCUGCAUUUUGGUCAAUAAUGUCCUUCAGUCUCACCCCCAUCCACCCAUCCGUGGGUACAAGGAAACCAGGGGCACCAGGACAUGUUGUGAUGGUGAGCCUGUCAUCAAAGAUGAUUCCACUCUCAGCCUGAAAGACUAGAGAGAAGCCUCAGGCUCCUCUUCUGCCAGUCCUGGGAGAGGUAGGACCAGGACAAGGAGGCGUGGUCUCCAGUGCACAGUCCCCCACUGGGGUAAGGACUUGGCUGGAUUUUCAGUAUCUCACUUCCUCUUCCAGCUAACUCACACCCCUCCCCCAUUCCUAGGGUCUAAGAAGAAAUGCUGAUGUUCCUGGAUGGGUGGGAUCCUAGGCUAUUAUUCUCUGAAUUCCAUCAUCAAAUGACUGCCCUUUCCAGCAAAGUAACUCAGGAGGAAGAUCAGCCCUGAGCUAAC